CCACCAAGCAGAUCAUCAUUCCAAUCUGAUCUUCAGAAACUUGAGUAGUAAAGCAGAAAUUUAUCAAUUUCAAAAUGAUGUACAAACUCAUCAUCUUCGCAGUUGCCAUCACGGCCAUUGCUGCUGCAAAUCAUGAUCCGAGUACAACGAAGUGUGAACCUAAAAAAAUAUUUUCAUACUACUGCAACCAGUGCGUGUGCAAUGCAGAUGGUGAAGGAGCAGCUUGUACAAGACAAGCUUGUCCUCCUGGCCUCUUCAACGAGGACGGAUCAAUGAGAGUUCCACCUGCACCACGUGAGAAGAGAGAGAUUUCAGAAUUGCCUGCCGACGGAAGUUGCGUGGUUGGACGCCAAUACACAAGUGCAUGCAACACUUGCAGAUGCAUCCGGGAUAAUGUGCCAAUCUGUACUUUGAAAGCUUGUCCACCUGAAUUGAGAUAAGCUGAAGAAAUAAAACUUGUUAACAAAUCAUCAAGGCCGUGACAUGGUACACGGGGCUGGAUAAAACCCAUAGAACGGAGUAGUCUAUUUAUUAAAAAAUGGACAAAUACGAUCUUAGCGAUAAGGCAGAUACCAUGUGUCAUUACUCUUUUUACUGAUAUAGGAUUCUACUCAUAAUCUGAUCUGGACGAGCAUUCAUGCGAUAUUUUAAAUGGUGUAUAUGGGAUUAUCUAGUUAUGUAUAUUGUCAAAGGAUAAUAAAAUUCACAGAUUUUUUUUAAAUAAAUCA